AUGGCAUUGCUUCUUCGCUUCAAUCAACUGAGGAACAGCAUAUGGAGUAGUUGUCCUGCCAGGUUGCUUAUGCCACAUGCCGGAUUGUCAUCUGGAAAGUUGCUUGAUCCAAAAAGCUAUGAGAGGCGCCUUUUUUCAACAAGGGUUCAAGAGACAACUUCUGAACAUGAGCAAUCUGUGCCUCUUCUUAUCUUUGAUAUUAAGACCACUGGUUUUUUCCAGAAGCGUAAUAGAAUCACUGAGUUUGCAGUCCAUGAUCUUUGGGCAGGAAAGAAUAACACAUUUGAAACUCUCCUUAAUCCUGAGAUGGAUGUUCCUAAGUACGUUGCAGCUGUCACUAACAUCAACAAUGAUUUGGUCUGCCGACCUGAUGUCCCGAGGUUCAGUGAUGUACUUCCAUUACUACUGGCGUUUGUUCGAAGCUGCCAAACUCCUGGCAAACCAAUUAUAUGGGUUGCUCAUAAUGUAAAAAGAUUUGAUGGCCCUUUCCUGGCCCAAAAGUUUGACCGUUGUUCAGCUCAGAUGCCCGAAGAUUGGCUGUUUGUUGACACCCUUUGUUUGGCAACGAAAGUUUUACUGGUAUCUGCAGAUAAGAGACAUCUCCACGACUUGGAGUCACUAUGCAAACGCUAUGGGAUCUCUGUGGAAGGCCCUCCUCAUAGAGCAAUGCAAGAAGUGAUGAAAUUAUGUCAAGUUUUCCAGAAAAUGAGUUUUGAUCUAAAACUGACAUAUGAAGGCCUAAUAGAUGAGGCCAUCAAGGCUAAUUAUUUCAGCAAGUUUCUUAAUUAAAUAGUAUUUGUUGUUUCCAGCUUCCUUGUUUUAGUGGUCAAAUUUAUUUGACUUUCCCCAAUAGAAUUCGCCUGUCCUUCACAUUGCUGGAUAUUGUUGCCUUCGCUGUAGGAUCUCAAGAAUCAUGACUUCUUUUUUUAUUGAAAAAUAUAAAAAUAGCCGCAUUUGUCAGUCAAAGCCUCCUUUGAGCUUUAUCGAUGUGCUUUACUUUCCAAACCUUACGUUCCUGCCCACAUCGACAGGCAAGUCAAUUCAACUGGCCGCAACUUAAGUACUCAUUUUUACCAUAUCUGCAACGUCCAAAGUAAAUUAUCCAUUUCACCUGGAAUGUUACACCCUCUAUGGUUGUAAUAAAAACAAGUACAGUUCAUCUAGCAGCAUACUACCAAAUACAUUCUGCUAAGAAGUUCAAAUCAAAAUCAAUAGAUGCAGCUAAAAGCAUGAGAUCUGCUACUUUGGAUAGCUUACAGGAUUCUGGAGAAGGCCUCCCUGUUCUCGUUGAGCGUCCACUGAUCUUCUGCGCCAGAGGCGUAGUAGUGGUACACCAUCUUCGGCAGCUUCUCGUACUCGGACACAUUCAUGAUUAUAUCCAUGCCCCUGAUCGAACAAUUCAUUGUCAGUUAGCAGUUCAUCUGUCUGCCAAGCAGUGAAAUAGUUUCUCUGUUUUUUCUCUGAAGAGUGAAGACGCUUCAACAUGAACUGAAUAUCGUGGAUAGUUUGACAGGGAAUAUGAGAAAUCAAGAAAGAUAACAAGACAUGAACAGAUCAGGUGGCUGAUCUAUCUGGGGAGGAGUUGAUUAGCUGCAGAAUAUAUCCAUGAAGUCCUGAUUCGGUAUCAGUAGUUCGAGAUGUUACUUUCGAAUCAGUACUGACAAAAUGAAACGGAACGAUCCGACGGCAGGCCGAGAAAGAAACGCAAAAUCACCCAGAGAGAUCACAAGAAAGAGGAAGGAGGUGGAAAGUGCUACUCUAAUCUCGAGCACAAAUUCACUCGCAUCAACAGUAAAUUUUAAAAAAAGUAAAAAAAUAA